AGACUCGCCAAUUUCUCCUCGUCAUUGAAUCAAUCAUGCUACUUUUGGGCGGAUUAGUAUUCUUGGUAGCUGUUGUAGCUAAUUCAGCUUCACCGACUAAUCUCACUGAUGUUGGUGCUAGUUGUACCAUUACGAAAUUUAAUCAAGUUUCUUCGGUACUAAACAGUUGUACGAAUGUUGUUGUGAAAAACCUCGUUGUCGAUGCCGGACAAACUCUUAAACUUUUUCUGAAGGCAGGAGCGACUCUAACUUUUGAAGGAACAACUACAUUUGCAUAUGCUGAAUGGAAAGGACCCUUGAUUUGGAUAAAAGGAAAUGGAAUUACAGUGGUUGGAGCUCAAGGUCACAAACUCGAUGGCCGAGGAGAGAAAUGGUGGGAUGGCAAAGGAGAUGGCGGAAAGGUGAAGCCACAAUUCAUGUUUAUCCAAGCCACAGGAGGAUCUGUUUUGAAAAAUAUCAAUAUGUACAAUUGUCCCCAUCAAUGUGUGGGAAUCUCUGAUAGUGAUCACGUUACUAUCAGCAAUUGGCAACUUGAUAGUUCGGCUGGCAACCCAGUGAAUGGGAAAGAAGUUGGGCAUAACACCGAUGGAUUUGAUCUUUACAAGUCCAAUUACAUCCUUCUUGAUGGCAUUGUUGUUAGAAAUCAAGAUGAUUGCAUUUGUAUCAAUGGAGGUUCUCAUCUGACAUUCAGAAAUUUAUGGUGUUACGGAGGUCACGGCUUGAGUAUAUCAUCAGGAAUGAGCAUGACGGAUUACAAUCUGAAUGUCGUUUCCGAUGUGCAUUUCGAACAUUGCCAUGUGAGCGAUUCACGAAAUGGAAUUCACAUCAAAACAAUAGCAGACGGAGGAAAAGGAAAGAUGUCUGGCCUUUACUUCAGCGAUAUUCAAUUGUCAGGAAUAUCUACCUACGGAAUCAACGUCGAACAAAACUAUAGAAACAAUGGUGGACCUUCUGGAAAGCCAAACAAUAAUGUGCCUAUCGAUACUCUGGAGAUUAAUGGGGUGACUGGAACUUUAAAUGGGCCGUGGUCAGUGAAAGCCUAUAUUCUAUGUGCCUCUGGAGCAUGUAAAAAUUUCAAAUGGUCAAAUAUCAACCUUCAGGGUAACUCACGGCCCGACUCCUGCAACUUCCAUCCCUCCGGAUAUAAUUGUUAGUAGUGAAUGAAAAUGAUAUUGUGUCAACUAGAUUCGACAAAAUGGUCAUAAUAACUAAACAUAAUAAAAAACAAUUUGUAAGAUUAUUUUUGAAAUAAUUCAAAAUGAACAAUGUUGUGUUACUUGUUUUAUUUGUUUUGGCAGAUAUAUUGUUAACAAUAUGAAUCCAUUAAUGAAGUUCUGUAGAUAGCAACUAAUAAAUGAUAUUAA